AAAGGGAGAAAAAGAAAACUGUCUGCGUAUGAACAGCUAGCUCUCGCACUUUGUCACCAUUAAAAAGGACCUCUGUUCCUUCCCCUUUGUGUUUCCUUCUCAUUCACCUUUUCGGCUCUCCAUUUCGUUGUAGAGAUACAUACUACAGGUCCCUCUCCCUACUUCCCCUGCACUCCUCCAUCUCUCAUAUGGUCUAUACAUUUCAAAUAUAGACAGAUUAGAACCAAACCAUAACAUCCACAAACUCUUCUCCUAUUGAGUCAAAGAUCAGAAAGACGAUGGGGUGCUCUCAUCUGGGUUUUCUUCUCCUGAUUUAUUACUUUCUACUUGUGGUUCUUGCUUCUGAGUCACCCAAGAGUUUUCCAAUCAUGGCCUUUGAUGUAGGUUAUACCCAGCUUUUUGGUAGUGAUAAUAUGGCUGUCCAUAGGGAAGGGAAAUUGGUUCAUCUUUCUCUGGAUGAGAGGACAGGGUCCGGAUUCGUGUCCCAGGACCUUUACCUGCAUGGGUUUUUCAGUGUUUCAAUUAAGCUUCCCGCUGAUUACACUGCUGGCGUCGUGGUUGCGUUUUAUAUGUCAAAUGGUGAUAUGUUUGAGAAGAACCACGAUGAAAUCGAUUUUGAGUUCUUGGGUAACAUCAGAGGCAAAAACUGGAGGAUUCAAACCAAUGUUUAUGGCAAUGGAAGCACUAGCAUAGGCAGAGAAGAGAGAUACAGUCUCUGGUUCGAUCCCUCUGACAAUUUCCAUCAGUACAGCAUUCUCUGGACUGAUUCUCAGAUCAUCUUUUAUGUAGACAACGUUCCCAUCAGAGAGUUCAAGAGAACAGAAUCUAUGGGUGGUGAUUUUCCUUCUAAGCCAAUGACUUUGUAUGCCACAAUAUGGGAUGGGUCUGAUUGGGCUACCAAUGGAGGCAAAUACAGAGUCAAUUACAAAUAUGCCCCCUACAUGGCUGAAUUCUCUGAUUUUGUCCUCCAUGGCUGCGCAGUCGAUCCCAUUGAACACUUAGCGAAGUGUGACAAUCCUCAAAGUUCUGAAGCAAUUCCUACUGGUAUCACAUCCGUGCAAAGAAUUAAAAUGGAAAGUUUCAGAAAGAAGCUCAUGACAUAUUCUUAUUGCUAUGAUAGAGUUCGAUACAAAGUUUCCCCGGUCGAGUGUGUGAUUAAUCCCCAAGAAGCAGAGAGACUCAGGCUCUUUGAUCCUGUUACAUUUGGACGUGGCCGACGACACCAUGGAAAGCGACACCACCGUAGCAGAAUAAGCCAGGCGGAGGCUACUACCAUUUAAGAGGGUUUCGGUAUUUAUUGUGUCAUAUGGCACUGUUGUCAUCUUAGUUUCCCAUAAAUUUACCCGGGUCAGUUUUUUCUUUUAUUUUAUUUUUGUACAGAGAGCAUAUAUUUAUUGAGGGUGGUAAGAAGUAUUAUAUCAGUAAAUGAUUUCUUUAGAAAUUGAAUUUGGUGAUGAUUUCUGUACAUUAUAACCCCCUCUCGGAUGGGUUCCAUAAUUAUUUUAGCAUUUGUGGUUAUACCA